CGGCAUGUUCUACUCCCAAACGGUGGAGGAAUAGGUUCCGUGGCAUGUGGACUUCCCCGCAUCUGGGCUGCCUUCGGAUUCUAAUUUCAAUGUAUCCAUCUAUGUUCGUAACAUAGAUGACAUGUCGUUGAUGUCCAGAGAGAACUGUCUUGUACUCACGAUGUAGCAGCGUGACACUCGGAACUGAACGACGUGCGCCUGUCUGCGCCCUAACUGACUAACGGCACCGAGCUCCCACCACCGUCUCAAACACCUGCGUUUUGUCUCCCCACAAACAAAAGCAACAGAAGUCACCGCGCGGCAUGUCGUUCUCGGUGACUCUCUCAUCACCUCUCUCUCUCUCAUCAUUCACUCAGUCUCCACGGUCUGAGUUUCUCUCCAAUUCGUCUCUCAAAUUCUCCCUCCGACAAUUCCACUCUUUCCAUAAGCUUCCUCUCCUCCAAGCCUCUAGAAGAGCCUCCAAAUUCCCUCAGGGAAGUGAAGGUAUCAUUGACGAUACUCGCAAUUGGAGCCGUUCGAUCAGCCCCGAGUUCGAUGAUGACGAAGAUGACGACGACGACGCUGACGAAGACGAAGAUAGGAGCUUGGAUCUGCUGGUUCGGUUUAUUGAGAAUAUGUUCAAGAAGAUCUCGAGGCGAGCCCGUAAGGCCGUACGAUCUGUUUUACCUGUUCCUAUAUCUGCCAAACUGGUAGGGUUUUCUGUUAACGGAGUCUUACUGCUGGCAUUUCUGUGGGUUUUGAAGGCAUUCCUUGAGGUUGUUUGCACCCUUGGAAGUGUAGUGUUUGUAUGCAUCCUACUUAUUCGUGGUUUAUGGACUGGGGUAACUUAUCUACAAGAAAGCCGCUACCAAAAGGUGAAUGAAUUUGAUGAUGAUCGCCGUGCAUGGACAGGUUCACAGCCUGCAACUUGAUUUGUACUCUCCAGAAUUAGAAAAUGUUCAAAACAUCAAUAACGGUACACAUAAUUAGAGGAACUGUCAGAAUCAAGGAUGAUGAGAUUGCAUCAGAGUAUUUUCAUCUUUGGAAGUAACUGUUGUGCUUGUGAUGAAUACAAUGAUGGUUUCAGCAUGAAGACCCAGAAGAACUUAUUCUUGCGAUCAUGUGUAAUACUUAUGAGCAGAUGAAUAAGUUCAUUGAUAAGUUUUAGUUACAUUUACGGGUGCUUGACUACUUGGCGACCCCUGGCCUGCGUCAUCACAGUAUGCUUGCAUCUCGUCAAGCUUAAUCGUUGUCGUCUGCAUCCCUUGAAACUAAAUAAAGGGUCUGUUUAGUUUCUCAAGGCUUUUUUAGAUACUUGGCCAUCCUGCUUACGAAAUGUUCUGCAUGUUAGUUUCCUUAUCAGUGUGCUUGUUAGAACUUAUGCUCCAAGGAAAAUCAAUUGCUUCUAUUUCUGUUUUGCA